CGCGUGUAGCGCACGAGUUCUUUCUCAGCUCGAGAGUUCGUGACAGCUGAGAAACUCACAGCAAACUUGUCUCUCUGUAGCUUCGCCUGUAAAGGAAGCGUCAAGGCCGGACGGGUGUGAUUAGUGCCAGAAAUACAACCAAACACACUCUGACACACACUUUUACACACGCACAGCUCUGGAACUCCGUCCUCAGGUGCCGGCUAACACAGGGAUCGACUCUCCAAAACGACACCGAUUCACGACAUGGAGACUUUCAGCACUAUUUUGGCUUUGCUGAUGAUCUUCAGCGCUUCCGCAGCUUCAGGUUCCUCACUUUGCGAACCGAAGGGGAUUUACAGAAAAGAAAGUACGGACAAAGUUGCCAUCACCGUGGACGAAAUGACAGAUGGGUGCUUGACGAACUACGCAACGAAGAACGGGACAGAAGUGCACAUCAUCAAUCUGCUCUUUGCUUCAGUGAAUGAUAAUUUGAUGAUGUCCGUGACUACAGCCGGUCCAGCCAUCCUGAUCUUCACCAGCCCAGACACGCUCUCCAAACCCAUCUACAUCCUUUUGAAUUCUAACUUCGACACCAGCAUCUAUGCACAGAAUGGGACAACUGUUAUUCAAGUGAGGAAGCCUGUUCAGCAAACUCCAGAUGUUCAAGGCCAAGAGCUGGUUUCAUGGGCAGAAAAACAGUUCGGAGGAGUUUCAUCUUUCACCACAGUGAAUGCUCCAAAAAUGAUCGAAUUCACUGGAGUUAAAGGGGCAGAGACGGUCUGUGACCUGAGGUUAGAAGUACCAACGAACAAGACAUCACCAAAGGUCCAAAGUGAUGAGCAAGCCGUGAAAUCUUGCUGCCUUAACUCUCAGGACAAGCUUCACAUCAUCAACAUCCCGGAUUACAUCGACGUCAGAAACGUCUCGGUGGACGUGGUUACAUCUGGUAUAAAGCUCGUCCUAAGAGGUCCGGUUGGAAUGCUGUGGAAGAUCGACACUUUGGGGGUGUCUUUCAUGUCCAACAACGCCGUGCAGUUAAACAAUCGGCUUGUGAAUUGGCCGAAGAACUUUUCUGACAAUGCCGCUGUGCUCCAGAAUCAAGCACUCAGUCUUUUUAAGAGCAAAUCAAUCAGCAGCUACACGGAGAUUUUUCUAAACAGCCCAUUGAUUUCGAUCAGGAUUGAAGAGAGAGAACAAGUGACUGAGAAAAACGAGGUGGCGACCACAGCGUCUCCUAGGUCGUAUACCAAGAUGCAGUUGUUCACGUCUCCAGAUUACACAGCGGAGCUCAAUCCCACCACCAAAGUGCAGACCGACAAGAGACUCUAUGCUCAGGUCCAGAGUUUGGUUCAUGGAGGUUUGCUCCUAGUUAUCCAAGUGAAGUCAUGUUUUGUGCGCUCCAAAGGCAUCCAUCCUGUGGAGAAACAUAUCUCCAUUAAAGAGGAACCUUGCUUAGAGUGUCCUAAUAUGACCCGGUUCAGCUUUUCCUUUGAAAAUGUCCAGGAUCAGCCCUCCAACACCUGGGAGCUCCAGUGUAACAUCAGCCACUGUACCCCAAAUUACGCCAAGAGUUGUGCAGAACCCCAGCUUGUGAAGAAGACCGUGCUGGUCACGCCAUCAUACGUCGCACCAGCGAGUCCGUGUUUCGAGUUCAGCCUGCAGUCGGUUCUGGGCGUCGCCUUCGGAGGUUUCCUCAUCGGCGUCCUGCUCGUCAGCGCUCUCUGGUUCAUCAAAAUCCGCACAGGUUACCCCAUCGCUCUGGGUUUCGGCCCCACAGGGACCUUCUUCUCAGGAUGUCCCUGCGGUCCGAUUAAGCGUCACGCGGUGCCCACUAACCCGUCUCCCUCUGAGAACAGCAGUGCCAACGGCAGCAUGAGCAGCACCCAGAGCACACCAACCAGCAGCAUGGCAUGAGCAUGCUCAAAGAGGGACACACACAUACACACACACACACACACACACACACACACACACACACGCACACACACACACACACACACGCACAGACGAACAGGGCAGGGCUUUUUUCGUCUGAACCGGGAACUUUAAUAAACUCCGCCUCUGCAGACACCCAGCAUCAGGAAGUCAGCGUCCUGCCUCGGUCCGAGACAGGAAAAACACAGCAUAUCCCCCAAGAACUAACAGGAAAUUCACCGCAUUCCUCUCGACAGAUCCAAGGCACAAUAAGACUCCAGGAGAAAAACACACAUCAAACCGCUGCGACCUGCAUCACCCCUCAGAUUAAUGCAAAAGAAACAGAGAAAAGAAACGUUGGCAGUCGAUGCCCGCGUCAGCCUCACGAGUUGACUGUAAUGAAGACGCGACUGCGAACAGGCUACCUCUUCAUUUCUAUAGAGUACAGAAGAAGAAGAAGAAAAGAUUAGCUCCAGUUGGUCACGUCAUUCCUGAUGAAUCACGUGUUCUCUCUCUGCAGGAGUGACGUGCUGGUGCUGUAUGUUACUGUAAACCGCGUGUGUGUCGCUAAAGCCUGAGUCCUCCGCCGACUUUCUGCUCAUCAUUAUCAAAACGAAUACACAAGGUUUACACCUUAUUACAGUAAACCUACAGCCACAUGCUUACACAUCCCUCUCUCUAUCUCUCUCCAUCUCUUUCUUCAUCCCUCUUUUCAUCUCUCUCUUUCUCCAUCUCUCUCUCCCUUUCUCUCACAUCUCUCUCUCUCUCUCUCUCUCUCUCUCUCUUUAUCUCUUUCUCACACACACACACACAUUAUUCUUUAUUUCUCUACUUGUUUUUAAACUUUAACAUUAGCAAAAAAAGAAAUCAACAUUUCUAAUGUAUAUUUUUUCUCUCUUUGUCUUACAAUUCUUCCUCCUUAUAGUUUCCUUUUCCUUCUUCUCGCUCUCUUUUAAUCAUGUACCUGAACUCCCUAUUUUUCCUUUGUUUGUUUUUCCGGGGUGUUAAUUUUAAAGAUCAUGAGUUACUAACACAAGCUAACCACAGUAGGGAGUAACGUCACACACCUUCGCGUUUCACUGUGUGACCCCCGUAUACACACACACACACACACACUUAUACGCUCUCCAUCUGUCAUCCUAAUUUCAGUCAUUGUGAGUGGCGAGUGAGAUCUCGGUAGUGGACUCAGUCUUUUAUAGAAUGUUUAUUUUUAUUUUAGAAGCGAAACAAUAAAAAACAACAAAUGAACCCCAUUAACACUGCGCCAGUUUAUUAUUUACCGUAUUUGUAGCCUAAUAAACUGGCGAGUGAGUGUAAGAGCUAACUCAGUAUCGUGUAUUAAAUGUGUGACUUGUAUGUUGAUCCUCCAGUUCCAGUGUUAGAUUAACACUCCUGAAGAGCUGUGUGUCCGAAGCCAGUCUCUGUGACAGAGGUGUGUGUGUUAGUGUUAGCGGUCAGACCGCAUCAGUGAAACCCUGUAGAAACUGUGUAUAAAUGUAAAAUGUCUCUUUCUGUUUUGUGUUGCUUGUUUUUUAGUGACCUCGUCAACAUUGUUUUGAAAUAUAUAUACUGCAGUAACCCUCAUGUAUUCAUCAAAGAGUCCGACAUGUUUCAGCUCACGGCAAAAAAAACCCCACUUCAUUCUAUAUAAAAGAAAUUGUCAUUUCUUUAGAUUAUACAUCAUGAUUAUUCAGUUUUAUGAGUUGAAUAUAAAAUCCCUCUACAUUUAUAGCAUUUUUGUAAAUUAUAAACUAUUACAAGUUGUCGUUUUUGCGACUCAGACCUCCUCUGUCUGUGAAAUGAAAGAAAUUCAAAACCAUUUCAAACCUCAAUUCUCACAGCAUGUAGCUAUUUUAAAUAUAUAUAUAUA